AUUUUUUCGAAUUUCCUAAACGAGCUCGAAACAUGCUAGUCGUUCAUCUUGCUUCCCGCCAUUUGUUCUCUGUUCAGCAAUCCUCAUCUCCGUGCCAGCAUUCCCGUUUUGGUGAUCUGCACUCGCCAUCGUGCUUCACAGUCUGUGUUCUUGUUUCGUGGACGUGAUUCUCUUGUCCAAUCCUUGGCUCGUUGCCAAGCACCCGCACCACUGAGACACUCCAACGCGCCCCAUCACCUCUUCCAAUCCCUGCCGUCGUUUGCGGGUGAGCGCGCGAAAGAGCCGUUCGAUCUAGUCUUUGACAAGCCAUGUCGGGAAGUAAUCGGGGGAGUGGCGAAAUCGAAGCCAGCAGCGCCCCCAUGUCAAUCUACUCUUCGUCCCCAGGCACCUCCACCAGCUCAGCGAUGAUUCUCGGCUCCCCGCCAUCAUCAGCUGCUUCGAUGAACGGCGUUGCUCCGAUGUCCAACGGGGCUACUACCCGGGCAGCAGCACGGCAGCAGCAAUUGCAGCAGCAAGUCCAACAGCAAGUCCAACAGCAUGCGCUACAACCGUCUCCCGUACCGUCUCAGCAAUCUCUUUCCUUGAUACAACUCCAACAACAACAGCAGCAGCAGCAGCAGCAGCAUCACCAACAACAACUACCACAACCACAACAACAACAACAACAACAACAGCCGCAACAACCACAACAGCCACAACCACCAUCACAACCACCACAGCAACUGCAGCAGCAGCAACAACAACUAACACACUUAUACGACCAAACGAUGGCUGCUGCGGCAAGUCCUCCGACUUCCUCAUCGGGGACACCAUCGACCAGCACUGCGCCUGCGAUUCUAGCCCCUGGGUUUGUUUCGCGACGACUGCGCAAUGUUGCACCUGUUAACAGACUGAGCGUGGAGCUGAUUGCCACCUACAAGCACAUCAACGAGCGUUACUACUCUGCGAAAAACAAGCGGCAAGCCAACCCUUCCGGCAAGGCUGCAGCACCCGCGUCGGCAUCAUCCUCAACGAAAGCGUCCGCGGAUGCCGCGGCCUCUGCAGAGUCCAAGCCGACCGGAAAUUCCGCCUCCGCAGGCUCGAAUGGCGCCAGCAGUGGAGCGCGGGCCGUUCGUACAAAUGAUGGCUUUGAUGACGAGCAUCACGAUUACAUCGUGCGCUCAGGCGAGGUCUGGCUGGACCGGUACGAGAUUCACAACUUGAUCGGCAAGGGCUCCUUUGGCCAAGUAGUGCAAGCAAUCGAUCGACACACCAACGAGAUGGUGGCCAUCAAGGUCAUCAAGAAUAAGCACGCGUUUUCGAUGCAAGCCAAAAUUGAAAUCGAGCUUCUCGAGUAUAUGAAUAGAAACGACCCAGAGGACAACCACUGCAUUGUUCGUUUGAAACACCAUUUCGAAUUCCGAAACCAUCUUUGCCUGGUUUUCGAAAUGCUGUCUUACAAUCUCUACGAUCUCUUGCGAAACAACAAUUUCAACGGCGUUUCCGUUAAUCUUGUGCGAAAGUUUGCCCACCAAAUCCUAACCGCGUUAGCCUUCCUGUCGUCGACCGAGAUUAACAUUAUCCACUGCGAUCUCAAGCCGGAGAACAUCCUUCUCCGCAAUCCUCGACGGAGCGCCAUCAAGCUGAUCGACUUUGGCUCUUCCUGUCGAUUUGGCGAGAAGCUAUACAAGUACAUUCAGAGCCGAUUCUACCGCUCUCCAGAGGUUUUGCUCGGUAUUCCCUACACGGUCGCAAUCGACAUGUGGUCGUUGGGAUGCAUUCUCGUUGAAAUGCACACGGGCACUCCGCUGUUCGGAGGCAAGAACGAGUACGAUCAAAUCGGGAAAAUUUGCGAAGUUUGUGGCGUCCCACCCGAUGCCAUGCUGGAAGAAGCCCCACGGCGAUCCAUGUACUUUACCACCGACUCCUCAACUGGCAAGUACGCGUUGCGGCCACCCAAAGACAAGACAAAGCAAUUCUUGCCUGCUGGGUCGCGUCAAUUGGCCGACAUUCUAGGAAUCGCAACUGGAGGCCCAUUGGGCCGGAGAAUGGGCGAGAAGGGCCAUUCGCGCGAGGAGUACGAGCAGUUUUUGAACCUCGUGCUGCGACUGCUCGACUUGGACCCGUAUACGCGCAUCACCCCGCGUGAAGCUCUCAUGCACCCAUUCUUUGCAGACUACACGCCCUCGUCUUCUCACAACACGGCCAUGUACGUGGCCAACGUGCGCUAGACUGGAGUUGCCUCCGAGCUUUUGCGUGAUGCAACGACUUUUGCUGCGUGAAGUGCUUGUCUCUACGACUGUUGGAGGUUGCCCUCUGUCUCGGGAAAUGCCACUGGUGGCGUUCCCGACCCCCAGAUGUGGAGCGUUGCCCCUAUGCAAUAGCGGCAUUUUUUCAAGCCCCCCCCCCCUUCGCUUUGUCCUUUUUUUUUUUUUUGCUCAUUGUCGGGAAGGAGGCGGGAUGGCUGUUUUUUUUUUGCUCCUUUUUCGUUCACCAUUUCGUUUCCUUGUGUGUAGUCUUGUUCCUUUCGUCGCUCUCCCACUUUUGUAUUUUCUUGUCGGGUCUUUGCAUCCAUGGCCCCCCCCCACCAUCAUCACUAUUUAACCCGAUGGCUUUCGCAUUCCUUUUGUGUUGUGUUUCGUAUGUUUGGUAUUGUUUGUUACCUGUGUUCAUGUUUCUUCCCUAUUUGUAAACUUGG